UUUUUUUUAAAGCUUAGAAUUUUUUUAAUGAAAUCAAACAGGUUUAUAAUUUCAAGUUUAUUUUUGUUUGGUUUUUGUUUAUUUCUCAGCUUUUCAUUUUUGUCAAUUUUUACUGGAGCUUCAACAUAUUCAUGCAAAUCGCCUACUGGAGCUGAUGUUGACUGGUUCGUAGCUUACAAAUUACCCAAUUCAAUUUCUAAUGGAACAUCAUUUCUUUAUGCCGAUUCUAAAAAUGGAGAAGAUUGGACUUUAUCUAAAGCUAAUAUUGAAGAUGAAACUUCAGCAAUUGGUCGAACAAUACUUCAAAUAUUUGAAGCCAAAAAGGCGAAGAGUGAUUUAAUUGCUUUAUAUAAUGAUGAAAAUCCGAAUGAUGGAAAAACUGAUUCUGGACGAGCACAUAUGAAGGGUGUUGUUGUUUCUAGCAAUAAAAAUGGCUUUUGGCUUGUUCAUUCUGUUCCAAAAUUUCCUUUGUCUUCAGAAGAAAAAUAUUUGUAUCCAGAAUCGGGGAAAAGAAAUGGCCAGUCAUUCUUUUGUUUGUCUUUUUCAAGUGGUGCUCUUGAACAAAUUGGUCAUCAACUUUUUGUCGCUCAACCAAACUUUUAUGAUGUCCAAUUACCUUCAUCAUUCGAAGAAAAAUAUGCAGAUUUGGCUAAUUCAAUAAAUAAAAAAUCUUAUCCAAAAUCAAAACCUUCAUUUUCUGUUGCUAAUAUACAACUUUUAGAUGGUACAAAAAUUACAAGUUUUUCAAAACAUAAAAGGUUUGCUAAAGAUUUAUAUUAUGAUUUGGUAGCUCCAGAAUUGAAAUCUUCAUUUUACACAGAAACAUGGUUGGUAGGACGUGGAGAUCUCCCUUCUGACUGUGAUACUAAUUUCAAAAUUCACAAUAUUCAAUCAAUUCAAUUUUCAAAACCUUUUGACAACAUAAAAUUUGACAAUACAAAAGAUCACUCAAAAUGGGCUGUUAGUCAAAAAACAAUUUGUAUUGGAGAUAUAAAUAGACAAAAAUCUCAAUCAAAACGUGGAGGAGGAACUGUUUGUAUGGAAAAUAAAAUUAUAGCAAAAAUGUAUUUUUCGGCUAUUGGGGCUGUUGAAUGUUGUAUUAAUGAAACUGAAUGUUCUCCUAAUAUUAAGGGAAGGAGGAAGGGAAGUUUAAAAUAAUUUUAUUUUAAUUUUAUUUUAUUUGGAGAGGGGGAGAGCGUGGUAUUAUUAAAAAAAUUUUUGUAGACAAAAUAUUUUUCCAUGUGAAUUUUUUGUCCGCAAAAUUUUUAAAAUUUUUUUAAACAUCUUAAUAAUGGGAUUUCCUAUUUUUGAAACGUGAAAUUUUGUUGACGAUUUUGUCAAUUUGACCAUGAAUGGAUAUUUCCACUCUUUUUCUUUUAACCUUUUUUUGAAAAAAAUUUUUUUGUUAUU